CCUCAGAGAGGCAGCUGACUGAGAGAGCCUGGCUCACCCUGUCCUCGGCCAGCAGCCCCGCAGCUCCUGGGAAACUAUCUGGCAGACACCUGAAUCUGAGACUAAAAGUUCAAGCGAGAACGAGAGCAAAAAAGCAAAAGGCAGACUUUCAACUGAGCAUGAGCUGCUGAAGCCCGCGGUUUUGAAGUGAUGCUGAACAGAGGGGACCCUGAAAGAGAGUGAAAACUCCAUGGCCAGCUUCGGGGCACAGGCCAGCCACUCCCCACCGAUAUGCCAAUGUCAUCUGUAAAGAAAGAGAAGGAGAAAGCCACUGAGGCCACCUGAGCCCGCGGGUUUCCCCCAAGUCUGGGCGGAUCUGACUCCACUUGGCCAGGAUGAACUCCACCCACCAGCCUGGGAUGCACACCUCUCUGCACGUCUGGAACCACAGCACCUACCGACCGCACAGCAACGCCAGUGAGUCCUUGGGCAAAGGCUACUCAGACGGAGGCUGCUACGAGCAACUUUUUGUCUCUCCUGAGGUCUUUGUGACUCUGGGUGUCAUAAGUUUGUUGGAGAAUAUUCUGGUGAUUGUGGCCAUAGCCAAGAACAAGAAUCUGCACUCUCCCAUGUACUUUUUCAUCUGUAGCCUGGCAGUGGCCGAUAUGUUGGUGAGUGUGUCCAACGGGUCCGAAACCAUUGUCAUCACCCUGUUAAACAGUACAGAUACGGACGCGCAGAGUUUCACAGUGAAUAUUGACAAUGUCAUUGACUCAGUGAUCUGCAGCUCCUUGCUUGCGUCCAUCUGCAGCCUGCUUUCGAUUGCAGUGGACAGGUACUUUACUAUCUUUUAUGCUCUCCAGUAUCAUAACAUCAUGACGGUGAAGCGGGUGGGGAUCAUCAUCACUUGUAUCUGGGCAGCUUGCACGGUCUCGGGCAUCUUGUUCAUCAUUUAUUCAGACAGCAGCGCUGUCAUCAUCUGUCUCAUCACCAUGUUCUUCACCAUGCUGGCUCUCAUGGCCUCUCUGUAUGUGCACAUGUUCCUGAUGGCCAGACUCCACAUCAAGAGGAUCGCUGUCCUCCCGGGCACGGGCACCAUCCGCCAAGGUGCGAACAUGAAGGGAGCUGUUACCUUGACCAUCUUGAUUGGGGUCUUUGUUGUCUGCUGGGCCCCAUUCUUCCUCCACUUGAUCUUCUACAUCUCUUGUCCCCAGAAUCCAUACUGCGUGUGCUUCAUGUCUCAUUUUAACUUGUAUCUCAUCCUGAUCAUGUGCAAUUCCAUCAUCGACCCCCUGAUCUAUGCUCUCCGGAGCCAAGAACUGAGGAAAACCUUCAAAGAGAUCAUCUGUUGCUUUCCUCUAGGGGGCCUCUGUGAUUUGUCUAGCAGGUACUAAAGGGGAACGGCCUAAAGCUGCCUAUGCAGAAGAGACUUUUUCAUUCUUGUACAACCUCACCAGUGGGUUUCAGCAUCAGCUUUUUCUUUUGUGUAAGGCACAAGUGGAGAAAAUGCCCAGUCUCUGUAUAUUUUUAAUGUCAUGCUACUUUUUGGCUGUAAAAUAUUUAACCAUAUUAUAAAUCAUAGGCAGUAU